GAGUGAUAUUUUCAAGUUGUUGUUUUUCGAACUGUAAUGGUGUAAAGCAGCAACAGUGGGCAUCGCUCACCGGGGAGACUUAAUAGAAGCUCUAAAGGGAGGAUGUCUAACGUAGAAAACGUGUGUCCGCAAGUUCUCCGGGGUGUGACGCGAGAGCUACGACGGCUGGCGGCCAACCCGCCUUCAGGCAUCAAACUCGUACUCCGAGAUGACGAUCUCACCGACGUCGUAGCUCUAAUCGAUGGACCUGCGGACACGCCGUACGCCGGCGGCGUGUUCCGCGUGCGGCUGGCGCUGGGCCGCGAGUUCCCGGCGGCGCCGCCGCGUGCCUACUUCCUCACGAAGAUCUUCCACCCCAACGUGUCGGCGGCGGGCGAGGUGUGCGUCAACACGCUGAAGCGCGACUGGCGGCCGGAGCUCGGGCUCGAGCACGCGCUGCUCGCCGUCAAGUGCCUGCUCAUCGCGCCCAACGCGGACUCGGCGCUCAACGCGGAGGCGGCGGCGCUGCUGCGCGACCGCUACGACGACUACUUCGCGCGCGCCAAGCUCUACACCGACAUCCACGCGCGCGCGGGCGCGGGCGCGGGGCGGGCGGCGGGCGGCGAGGCGGAGGGCGAGGGCGGGCCGCGCGCCAAGCGCGAGCGCCGGCCCGCCGCGCCGCCCGCGCGCGACAAGCGCCGCAUCCUGAAGCGCUUAUGA